AUGUCGUUCGUGCAUGCGCUGCGAACAUUUGUGACGGAAUCGCUUCAGGAUGCCGAUGGCCCAAUGUUGGCCCACUUGUGCGAUACAUUUCAAUUGGACUCGGCAAUAUUUCCGACCAAGACGGACGUGUUGCGGAGUGUUGUCGACUUGGUUGUCAAAGACCGCGACACACCACUUGGGCGAUUUGUGGCGUGGAAGCAAGAGCUGGACGCGGGGGGGUCGCCCUCCACGGACGCUGUUGUCCUGGCAAAGAAGGACAACUUGACCCACGCGUUUCUACCUAUUGAUACAACGUCGCCGCGGAGACCGAAUCAUGCCGUCGCGGCGCCUCCCCCGGGAUCAAAGCGCAUUUUUGAUUUCGUUUUGGAUCGAGAGAUGGCUGCGCUGGGUGACGAGCUCAUGCGGCUCGAGGCUGCGUACAAGGAGGCGGAGCGAGGGCUGCAUCAUGGUAGCAUCAGCUACGAUAAAAUCAAGCGGUUUUUGCAAACCCUGACGCAGUUGCGGGCCAACGACGACCAGUUUCGAAUCCUCCUUCUGGAGAAGAAUCAAAACUUGCGCGCGGACAACGCCCGCCUGUUCAAGCUCGAGGCCCAUACUCGCGAACAGCUCGAACUUUUUGUCGACGGGUGUGCUCGGCUCCGGGGCAAGCACGACGCGAUGGUCGAAAACUUUAGCCGCGUGGGCGCGGCAGACGCAGCGGCGCACGAGCUCAUCAUGCAGCUGUAUGGUGGCGAGUGCGCAUUCACCCAGGCGCUGACAACCACAUUACAAUUCAAGUGCCAGCGACUAGCAGACACAGAAGCCGCGCUGCGCAACGCCCAUGCGACAAUCAAUACACUCGAAACAAAACUCGAGCAUCAGCAAGCAACCAUCGACGAGAUGCAUCGGAAGUGGGACGCUGCUGCGAAGGACGCGCUGUGUGCCAAAAUUCAGCUGCGCCGGUGCCGGAAGCGAAUGCGCGAUACCGACAGCCUCGCCUUCGACGCACGAAUUUUACGUGGACGCGCGAUGGACUUUCAACACAUGGUGUGCGACUUGAUGGGCAUGGGGCAUGUGCAAGCGGCAGCAUUCCAAGAUGCCAAAGGAGCUUUCGUCAAGAGCGCGGAUCGAACCUCGAUUGCGUGGCGUGCUUUGCGGUAUUUGACGGCAGUUGCGUCGCCCACAGUCGACGGUCCCUCGUCGCUCCAGCACACGCCGUCAAAGGGCCCACACAGCAUUGAGUUUUCAACUCGCGAUGACAGACCGUUUCCAGCCAUUGUAAUGCCGCCCAAACGAAAGCGGGACGUGCGCAUGGACCUGCCGGUGGUGGUUGUUCUUGGGGGCGGGGCUUACAUCUCGUCUGUGGUCCAUCGGCUCUGUGUGCAGUUUGGGUAUUCUUCCCUGGACGUGGAAGCGUGGCGAGGCGAUACAGCCGCUACCCCCGAAGUCAGCCACAACGGUGCGGACCCUGGCAGCGACACUGAAAUGGGGGAAAUCCCGAUGGCCCACGAGCGCCUUGCCUGGGCAAUUCAAGCGUCUGGAAGUGUGCUCGUGUACAACUGGCCCCGCAUCCAACCAGGCGACGUCACCCGGCUCAUUCAACACGGCGCGAACGUGAAAAUGGUGCUGGAUUUGGGCGGCGCCGACUCGACCACCACUGCAGCCUUGACAACUUCGUGUGCCUUGUACCGCAGGCUUCCGAUGAACACAUCACCGCUCCAUGUCGACCAAAUCGUGCACGACACAGCACUUGUGUGGCAUGCGUACCAGGAUACGAUGUACUCUUGCAUUGGCAUCAAGUGGGAUGCAGCCACCAUCGUGAUGAACGAACGGUGUGCCAUGAUGCGGGAAGAGCUCUCGCAGCGCAUGGUCGUAGAGUGGGGCAAGCACUUGGCGAUUUUGGCCGAGAAGAAGGCUGCAGCGGACGCCAAGGCAAAGCUCCAAACCUCGACCAAGGCCAACAGCACAAAGCGGCCACCAUCUAACAACAGAACGUCGACGCCGAACCAGAAAACCAAGCCCGGCACACCUUCUCGUGGAGCUGCCGCAAGUGGCCGAGCAACAUCUGGCAAGUCCAAACCACAACCAAACAGCGCGAGCCCCGGAAAAUCCUCCACCCAACCAUCGACGAAAAGCUCCCCUGUGAAGAGGUCACCUGCGACACCUGCCAAGAAGAAAUGA